CACGGCCACAGCCACUUCACUCCUGCCGACGCUCAAGAAAACUCCCUCCAAAACGGAGACCUACUGGACAAAAAGGACUCCAUCAUUCUGACCAACAUCAGCACCAUCGCUACCACGGACAAGAGCGGCCUGAACCCGGAGUCUGCACAUGCAAAUGCAGCGCCAUCUCAGGAGGUCCAGGUGUCCAACGUGAUGUGUCACUGGCUGCGUGGAAAACGAAUCUCCAGCAUCAAGACGGUGGCGUGGAUGAUCACUCUGAGCGACGCGCUGCACAACUUCAUCGACGGCCUCGCCAUCGGGGCCUCGUUCACCGUGUCCGUGCUGACGGGGUUCAGCACGUCCACCGCCAUUGUGUGUGAGGAGUUUCCUCAUGAGCUGGGCGACUUCGUCAUCCUGCUGAACGCCGGUAUGAGCGUCCCUCAGGCCAUUUUCUUCAACCUGCUGUCAGCGGUGUCGUGUUACGUCGGCCUUUUUUUCGGCAUCCUGCUCGGGAGCAACUUUGCCCCCAACGCAAUCUUUGCCAUCGCGGGAGGAAUGUUCCUGUACAUUGCACUGGCAGACAUGUUUCCAGAGAUGGACAACAUCUUACGGGAACAAAAGAAAACCUCGGAAAAGAUCAUCUUCUUCCUGAUCCAGAACUUUGGGCUGCUCACCGGGUUCACCAUCAUCCUGCUGAUCACCACGUUCGCCGGAGCGAUCAACCUGGGCUAGACGGACGGAGAGAGAGAGAGACACACUGGAGGAACACAAACUGGAUUUUAAAAACAAAAACAAAAAAACAAGCUGCUUCCAUUUCUGCUCCCUCAGCUGAGCGGGAAAGUGAAUGUUUUGUUUAUAGACAAAACCAAAUGUUUAAAGGGAAAUAAUGAUUUUAUAUAUCUGACUAUCAGCGUAGUUUACUUGAUUAAAAAAAAAAGGGAAAAUCGUUACAAUCGUUCGAUGUAUAAACUCUAGUCAAAUUUGUUUUUGUGGAGACAAUAAAUGAUGUUUCCCGUCUUCAUGUAAUGUGAGAUACUUGACAUGUGUUGUACUGUGGAUGCUGUAGUGUAAACUAAUAUGAGCUGUGUUAUUAUUCUGCCUUUUUAUGAGAGUUGGACCUCAGAGAAUUUGUGAGCGUCACUGGAUGACACUCACGAGCCUCAUUUUUGAGUUUUCCUUUAUAUCAUGUCUUUGUGUAUUUACAUCAUGUGUGUAGAGUGUUCAAAUGUUUGGCAAAGAUUUGACAGAAAUCACCGGAACACCUUAAAGAUGCUCCGACUCGGACGAGCUGUAUAUUCAGGAUUGAUGUUCGUGUAUCAGGUAGUUUUAAAUCACACUGACGGCCUCUGUGAUUGGCUCAAGGAUCAUCACAUUCACCCAAAUAAAAAACCACAAAUACCAAAGAUAAAUCAAAGCUCCUGAGAGGAACUUUAUGGUUUGUGUUGAUUUGGCGCCCCCUGUGGACAAAGCUGUGUAUAUACUGAUCUAGUCCUGAACAGGUGUGAGGGUCUGUGUCCACUCAGAUGCUGAAUAUAAAGCGCUGCAUGUGCGUCUUAUAAUUAUGUCAGAAGUCUCCUGACAACAGCUGCUGUAUGACCGACACUUCUCUGUUACUUUUAACUAUGUUUUAUAUCUGAGAUCCCCCUCCUCCUCCAUGAGCAUCAAACAGAAGCACGUUUAGGCAAGAGGAAGCUCGCCCUCCUGCUUUGUCUGGAUGCAGAGAUUGAUCAUUGACGGUCCUGCAGUGCUAUCACGGCUCUGAUCAGACAUACACGGAAUUAUAGGAGAUAAAAGAUAACUGGAAACAUCAGGGACAAUUUGAAUGACGUGGGGGGGAAAGGAUUUCCGGGUCGGAUUCAAACCCGGGAUGCUCAUUUUGAAUUCUGUAACCUAACCACUAGGCCACCAGCUUUAGCCUCCCUCAGCUUUGUCCUGUGAUCUUAGAAAUAAUAUUCUCUUCCCAUGCAAUGCAGUCGCUAUAUUUCAAAGGUCAUGAAUAUAUCAUGAUAUAUUUAUAUAUAUGACACAGAAAAUACAUUUUUAAUACUUUUUAAUAAUUGUGAAGACCAAAUCAAAAUGUUUGAAAUAUAUUAUUUAAAUGGAGAGAGAGAAUAUGUAAUUCCAGUUUUUUUUGCACUACUCAGCCACCGUACAAAGGUUGAGACAUGCUGUCCUGAUUUAUGUAAACAAAUGGCCUAAAGUUUUAUUUCUUAAUAAAAUAUGAACCGUAAAUGUCCUGAAA